AUGUCAUCUUCACACUACUCAAAAUCCGUACAUUCCGCCCGUUCCCACCGAGACUCCGAUAUCGAGUCUUGGGGAACCGCUUACUCAGAUUCGCGUACUCCAACACCAACUCACACUUCCUCGAACUAUGCACAGCCAUCGGGCGCAUACUCUCAUCGAUCAAACCCUUCUUAUCCUUCGCCCUCCUAUGGACCGUCCUCACCCUUCGGCGGUUUCUCGGCUUCCCUCGCAUCUUAUCCCCAGACUCCUGGAACACCUUAUCUGGGUUCCGUUCCAUUACCCCAACAGUACGUUAACACGACUGCUCCUCAAACUCCUUAUUUGUCCACUAUUCCACUGCCGGGCGAUGGUACACUCAACCCACUCCUAAGCUACCCACCUAAGGCAGUCUUCAAUGUCACCUAUCCAUGUAGCUCAAUCGCCUUUCGCGAUGGGCUUUCCUCCAACGAUGUUGCCUUGUACCCCCCGGUUCAAUCCAUCGUCCUCGGUCUCUCUUUCGUAUGUGCUGGAAAGAGAAUCAGCGUACAAGCUUCUUCAUCUCGCGGAUUGACAGUGCAUGAUGUGUUCGUCGCCCUCUCGAACCUUCUGCUCUCCACUCCCACGACCUAUGAUGUGGCCAAUAUUCAACCGGAUGUAUAUGCUCGCGGCAAGCUAUUGCAAAGUGCGAGACGAAGGAAUAACGGCUAUCCUCACUUGCGUUGGACAGAUCUUCUGGGCGAACGCGUCUACUUUGGCGGUCUAGCCAAUAUAGGCAAUGGCGUUUAUGAAGUCGGCUUCGUCUCCGCACCUCUGGCUUGA